CCGCAUUGUUUCCAUUGAAAAACAAGUGUACAUCUUCAAUGCACAAAAUGCUCUCUCAGUACAUUGAACUGGGAAACUUGCAAAGUGCCAUGGACAUUUUUAAUCACGAAAUUAUAAAGGAUGUGACACUUACCAACCUAAUCUCUACUCCAGCGGACAGUGUCAACUCAAGAGUAUUAGCUGAGAUACUUCGUAUCAAAAAACAAAAACCAAAAAAGGCAACACGUGAGAAUAAAUUCCUGAAAUUCGAGAAACAAUAUGACCGCCUAAUUCUCUUAAGAGAGCUAAGAGGUGGCGAUCUGUUUUAUGUUUUUACAACCUCAUCACAGGACACCCGUCAACUAUUCAAAAUUCAGAAUAUCACAUGGAUUGGUGCCAAUGUCGGCCUGUUUGAACCAGAAUACAAAUCAAUGUACAACAACAUACCAAUCAUUGAACUGCAACAACCCUUUCUUCCCAUUCAAAAUACACUUGCUACAAUGUGCACUAGGCCUUAUGUUGCCGAAUACACUGAUAAACCAACGCCAAGAGCUCUAUACAUGGAGGCAGCCAACAUCACAAUAACCAAGGCUAAUAUAAUCAUAGGAUGUGGAGCAACACUCUGCGACUCCCAACACGAAAGCACAACACCAUGCCCAGCCACCAUAACCGAAGAUAUUGCUACAAGAAUCCUUUCUUGCAGAAUAUCAUCCACAGAGGUCAAUAUUACUCGUGUGCCAUUCCAGUCAGCUGCAUUCACAGCACUGUUUCUGUCAAAGCAAGCCAUAAAAACACAUACGACAGGCCCUCUCUUGCCAGUGUUGGAAGUACGUCAGCAUAUCAACUCUGUGAUUGAUUAUUAUAAACAGCACAACACAACAUGGAAAAUUUCUGGCUGGUACAAGCCUGGUACUCGCAAAAAUGACGAGCAUGUGCGCGAACCAAACUUCCACAUCACUUCAAUAAAACCCCAACAAAAUUUGCCAAAUGCACCAUUGUAUGAAGUACAACAACAGUUUCCACGAGAGCAAGUCCAAGUCGCAAUUGAAAGACCAUGUCACAGGCCAUGUCAACCACCAACAACACAGCCUACAACAGAUUCUGCUGCAGCAUCCAAUGUGCAAACCAACGUUCCUUCAACCGGUCGCCAUACAUACGAUCGCAUGCACUAA